AUGGCAAACACCCCGAUUGACCCGAUUCCCUUCGAGUUGAUUCAAUUGCGCCGCGCUUGUGAUCGAUGCCAUUCGCAAAAGCUCCGUUGCAAGCGCACGGGGGGCGGCAAUUGUGAUCGUUGCGAGAAGACGGGGGUGACGUGCGUUUUCAGUCCGUCUCGUCGGAUGCGCAAGAUGAGCCAGCCAAAAGAUGGUGAUGCGAGGUUGUCCGUGUCGGGGGCCAGCAGCCACAUCGGGCUCAACGACAACAUGUCCCUAGAUGAUCUCUUGCAUUGGGACCUGGCUACGACCGAGUGGGCUUCUCAAGGUGCAGACCCGGUAGGAUACGACUUUGAGAACAGUCUAUCAUCCGUCGAUCCGGGCGUGGUGGCUGCGCCGGAAACUAUGAACUUCCACAUGCUGAAUCCCGACGAGUUGUAUAUGAAUUCCGGGAGCUCAUUGAGCGACCAAUCCAUCUCCGAUCACAGUGCACCAGACCAUGCCGCUCCUCCCGUUACUGAAGCCGGCCAUCUCUCGCCACACGAGCAAUGGAUUCGCAAAAUCUCCGAUCUGAACAUCAAGAUUUAUCAGCAUGCCGCCGUAUUCCCACCUGCCGCGUCUGGAAUCCGCCGCACAUCGCAACACCCGUCCGGUCUGGAGGGAGACGGCACAACAGACCAGAAUCGAACUAUCGCCAUCGACCGAACCUUUAACUUCACGACUGAGGUUCUGGAGGCGCUGGAAUUGGUUUCGUCCCCAUCGCCCGGGAACGGGCUUCGCAAUGGCAUCGAACCGUUGGACCAAGGCAGUUUGCUUUUGAUCCUCUCGCUAUACUUGCGUCUUCUGGACCUCUACUAUGCGAUUUUCGAACCGCUACAGAAACUCCUGCCCAGUCCCCGCUAUCGCCCCUCUUCCUCUUCCUCCCAUUACCCGCCGUCUUUUGUGUCCACCGACUCUCCUUCUCCCUUCCCCGAGCGCGCUUUGGACGGACGUCUGCCCCGUUUCCCCGUUCUUCGCAUCGGCGAAUUCUCCCUCCAGACCUCGCCCAGCGUUCACACCUUGAUGACCAUUCAACUGGCCGAACAGUUACUAGGUCUGUUGAGAAACGACACAUGGAGGUGA